GUGAGACAUGACAGAAGGACGGCAAUGAUGACGGGCCACUUAAACACCUAGACCACCUCUCUACACUCCACACUUCUCUUUCACACACACAUAACCGCUUUUCAUUAACCACCGUGGACCCCGGGAAUGGAUUCCAGGCUGCUGAUUGGACAGGGGAUCCCCACACAGGACCCGAGCGCCCGGGCACUCUGGAACAUGAGCUCCAUCAGUCCGCACCGCCUCAUGGAGCUGUCUCCAGUCACUACAGCCGGUUCCAUGGUUACAGGCCACCCGUUUCCACCCGUGGCAGACGUCCCAGACCACGCUCACUACACCAUCGGUGUUGUCAUUCUGGCCGUGGGCAUCACAGGCAUGCUGGGAAACUUCCUGGUCAUAUAUGCUUUCUGCAGGAGCCGGAGCUUGCGGACACCAUCAAAUAUUUUCAUCAUUAACCUGGCAGUCACAGACUUUCUCAUGUGUCUUACUCAGACACCCACCUUCUUCAUCAACAGCAUGCACAAGCGAUGGAUAUUUGGAAAGAAAGGUUGUGAGGUGUACGCCUUCUGCGGAGCACUGUUUGGUAUCUGCAGUAUGAUGACUCUAAUGGUGAUUGCAGUGGACCGGUACGUGGUGAUCACCAGGCCUCUGGCCUCCCUAGGGGCAAUGUCUCGCAAGAAAGCCCUGGGCAUUGUGGCUGCUGCAUGGGUCUACUCCAUGGGUUGGAGCCUGCCCCCCUUCUUUGGAUGGAGUGCCUACGUCCCAGAGGGUCUGAUGACGUCUUGUUCCUGGGACUAUAUGACGUUCACCCCGUCUGUCCGCUCCUACACCAUGCUGCUUUUUACCUUUGUCUUCUUCAUCCCUCUUGCCAUCAUCAUCUUCAGCUACUGCUGCAUUUUCAGAGCCAUCAGACACACAGUGCGAGCGAUAACAAAGAUCAGUUGUGAGGGAAGCAGAGACUCUGCAAAGAGAUUCCACAAGAUGAAGAAGGAAUGGAAGAUGGCAAAGAUUGCACUCAUCGUCAUCCUGCUAUAUGUCAUCUCCUGGGCCCCUUACUCCUGUGUGGCCCUCACUGCAUUUGCUGGGUACGCUGAUAUGGUGACUCCCUAUAUGCACUCUGUUCCCGCUGUGAUCGCCAAAGCAUCUGCUAUAUACAACCCCAUCGUAUAUGCCAUAACACAUCCCAGAUACAGGUCAGAGCUCAGUAAGUAUAUUCCCUACCUCGGGGUGUUGCUGUGCGUUGCUGGCAGAGACCGAUUGAGCAGCAGCAGUUUCCACUCCACACGUCGAUCAACCCUUACCAGCCAAUCAGAGAGCAAAGGGCCCAGCAAGCUCCACAACUCCUCCAUGUCUGAGUGCGAAUCUGCCCGUUUCUCAGACUUGGAGGACUGCUCGUCACGGAUGCCUAUAAGCCGUCAGUUGUCCAGCCAUACCAGCCAGAGGUCAAGGGUGAGAGGUCACAACACGGCAGAGUUUGAGAGAACUGCCGCCCACAACCCGACUGACCCGGCCAUAUGUCUCCUCUCACAGAUCACAACUCAGCCUGAAGACAUCUCCAUGUCGGACAUCAAUCUGCAGCCAACCAGACAUCUGCCAGCAACUCUGGAUCACGUGAUGGAGGAGUCUAAACCAAGAACUGGAUUUAAGACAUCAUCUGUCAUUGUCGCCUCCAUAUCCAGUCCAUCUAUAAUGCAUAGUCCCCCAGGUUUGCAGGGCAACCUCAAAUUGACCAGAACUUACAGCCCAGGUUUCCAAGGAGCCCCUUAAUAUAUUCAAGCUGAAGACUACAGCAUUACCAUGAACAGCUGGACGGGAGAUCGCGCGUGUGUGUGUGUGUGCGGGAGUGUGUUUGUUCAAAUAUUUCCCAUGGGAUUUUUUUUUUUUACCAGAGUUUGCUCUCAUUAUUAUUAUUUUUAUUAUUAUUUGCACAACAGACUGUGGGUAUGUGAGCGUGAAUGCCCCGUUAAAUUUAAGUAUGUCCUUAUUUGCACACAUUCUAACAUGUUAUGAUGGUUUGGAGCCAGAGGCAACAAAUGAGCCUUAAAAAAUACAUUAUUAAAAAGAUUUCUUUCUCCCGGAUUAGGUUGAGAUUACUCUUUUAUUUAUUCUUUGUUCAGAUUUCUCGUCUAUAUAUUUGAGUAGAAGAGUCACAAAUGACCAUACAUCUUAUUCUAAAUGGGAAACCCCACUAGCAUGUCGCAGACACAAUGCUGUUGUGGUCCAUUCUCCACGUGACUUCAAACCCCAUCAGAAGCGUUUUUGUCUGCCAGACUUUGUUAACUUUCUCAAAUUUGGUAAUUUUUUUCUGGUUCGGUUGGAAAAUCGACCAAAGCAGCGUCAUGGCUGCGAUGUGAUGGUGAUGUGCCUGGUGGGGUUUUGCCGUCAGUCCUCUUUAUCUUUUCAUACUGCAGUUGAAUCUUUCCUAUUCAAAACAUGUUUUUCCUUAAGUUUUGUGUGGCAUAAAAAAUGCUGAAUUUAUUUUUGCACAAUGAGCCAUAUUUUAAACACUAUAUGUGUUAGUGAAUACCUAAUUUGCAAUGUAGACAGAUGUGAAGUAGGUACAAACUCUGUCCGUGCUUUCUAAAAGCUUUGUUUGUUUUUUAAAAUCUAUUUUUCUUAAAAUUAAUAUAAUUUCCAAAUCAGAGCCGAUUCUCAAUACCCAACCCUAAGUUUUUCUAUUGUUUUCUUUUUUUCUACUUGAGAAUGUGACAGUAUACUAAAAUAUUGGUAUUAAAAAUGCAUUAAGCAGUAGUGUUUAUCAUACUGAAUCAAAUGACUCCUGGUAGCGUCAUUGAUCCCACUGUGAAUCAGCACUAUACUUUGCAACUACAUGCUGAUUUCAGCCUCUAGAUGUGGAAGUAAUCCAGGGUGUUUUUUUUUUAAUCACCUGCAUUUUCAAAAAAUUCAGGCAGUUUUUUUGUGUGUGUAUUUUUGUAUUUAUUAUUAAGGUUCAGAUCAGUUGAAAUGUGGGAUGGCUAUUUAAAAAUACAAAUAUUUAGAAAAUGACCUUCCUAAUGCAACGUUGCUGCUUCACAGCUCACUCUUAAAAUGAACCCACUGCAAAUUGAUUUAAAUAUCAAAUGAACCUGCUGCUAAUGUUGUAUGUUAGCCAGACAAAAGUGAAGUCAUUCUAAUUUUUAUUGCCCUCUAGUGGUCAAAAAUGCUUUAAAGUAGCUUUAAUAUGAGGUAACCGGGUAAUCAGACACACGUACACACAUGUGACCUGGCAGGAGAUACAGAGAUACAGUUCGUUAUGUUUCCCCUUUGGUUCUUUGUCAUCGAUUUUUCCAUUGCUGGUUUCACAGAUCAGACAAACCAGGCCACAAAUGUGUCAUGUCACCAGAAUACAUCAGCCAACACUGUGGAGUGUGAGAGCAUGAGUGAAUGUAUCCCCGCACUAAAGAACUGGACUCACUACUGUACUUUGUAUUUCUCUUGAUGCCAUACUUUACUGUAAUAUCUCCUAUUCGAUGUACAGCUGAGUUUUUUAGUGACUUUACUAUUAUAAGACUGUGGUUUCAGGAUUGUUGUCAUUGACCUUAUCAUAGAAAGAUCCGUUUCAGUUCUAACAUCCCGAAGUUCUUUCUCUCCACUUUUGUGCAUUGCAACUCCCUUUGAGAUUCCUAAGAUUGCUGCAUCAUUGACUAUGAUUGUAAUAACUGUUCACGUCAUUUUCCAACAAUUUGUUGUCCACUGUUGUUCAUUUGUCCUGCAUUACCCAAAGUACAGAAUUAUAUGUUUUAAAAUGUUAUGGCUAUGGAAAAAAAUGUUGGCAUUAUGGCGAAACAAUUAUUGAAUUUAAAUUCCUCUUUAAUGAAGUGAUGUUUUAUGAAGUGAUGGUUUCAUGUUGAUUUUG